AUGGUGGGGAAAGGGUUUUCUAAAAGUGGGAUGAUAGGAGAAGUGACAAAAGUGCUUAGAAGAGUGUUUGAAAGUGAAAGAGAGGUUGGGGAUGUUAAAGUAGACGUUUGGGUUCGAGCGAGAAUUGAAGCAUCUGUCCUCAAUUUUCUCAAAAUAUUAAAUGCAUCCAGCCCUGCCAUCUCAGAUUUGCCUUUGGUCUCUGAUGACUAUGAUGUCUACAAUGAUUUAGGUGAUCCAGAUAAGGGUGAAAAUCAUGCACGUCCUAUUCUUGGAGGGUCUAACACCUUGCCUUAUCCUCGUAGGGGGAGGACUGGUAGAAGACCAACAAGGAAAGAUCCAAAAAGUGAGAGUAGGAGCUCUGGUAUUUAUCUUCCAAGAGAUGAAGCUUUUGGACACUUGAAGUCAUCAGACUUUUUGACUUAUGGGCUGAAAUUUGUAUCUCAAAAUUUUCUUCCAGCAUUGGAAUCUGCUUUUGAUUUGAAUUUCACACUCAAUGAGUUUGAUAGCUUUGAUGAUGUUCAUAAACUCCAUUCAGGUGGAAUUAAGCUGCCAACAGAUGUAAUUAGCAAGAUAAGUCCAUUACCCGUGCUCAAGGAAAUCUUCAGGACUGAUGGUGAACAAGUUCUUAAGUUUCCUCCUCCUAAAGUGAUUCAAGUGAGUAGGUCUGCAUGGAUGAUUGAUGAAGAAUUUGCAAGAGAAAUGCUUGCUGGUGUAAAUCCAAACAUGAUUCGUCUUCUUCAGGAUUUCCCUCCACGAAGCAAGCUAGAUAGCCAAGUCUACGGUGAUCAUACCAGUAAAAUUACCAAAGAACACCUGGAGCCUAAUUUAGAAGGGCCUUCUGUGGAAGGUGAUGGAGAUGUGCUCUCAGAUAUUGCUUCAGGAAAAGCGGGUCACGCAGAGGAAGCUCUUCUACAAGUUGCUCUAUAA